CCUGAACUGCGUCGAUCCAAUAAUGGACCGCAUAGGUUAUGGUCGCGCCUCAAUAAUGCAGUAAACAACUUUAGUCACAUUCUUUUAUCGUCUAUGCAGUCAGCCACGAGAAACGCAUGGAAGACGAACGCUGUGAGAAAAGCACGCAUCUAUCCGAAGUCGACCUGGUGAACGAGGUAAUAUAGACGAACGCUCUCGACGAGGAACACGCUUCUCAGGAUCGGAUGCGACGUCAGAAAAUGGCAAAUACAGUGCUCACGCACAAGCCCAAGGAGGAGGACAGUCUCGAAUGCUUUCUCUAUCCCAAGUUCUGCUACGCGUCUGACCCGGACGCGGUGACGGAAGCGAGACUGAGCGAAGAAAUCGCCAAGUACAAUGAAGAGAUUACUUCGUUCGUCGUCGACUACAUCUGGCAUUGUGACAGUUUAAAUUUCCGUCCUAGGACCAAACAAGCAAUGCUGCUGAACCGAAUUCUCGAAGGAUCAGCAGUAGAAGAAGAUUACCAUACCCUGCCUCACAUCUAUGCAAGUUUACGUUUUGAUGAGGAUAUAGGAGAUGAGUGGCUGACAGUGUUUCUGAUAUUUAGACUCACUAAAGUUUUUGAUGGGUUAAUUGCCAGAGUGGUGGAUACAGAUGGAGAAUUUCUUCUGAUAGAAACUGCUAAUGUCCUACCACUCUGGGCUGAUCCCAACACAUGCCAGGAUCGAGUGUUUAUUCAUAACGGUGAUAUUCAUGUUAUUAGAGAAAGAGGAACGUCGUUUCUCAAUUUGUUAAAUACUAUAAAUGGCAAGCCACAUAUCUCUAAGAUGUCUGAGAAAGUACAGCUUGUAUUACAAAAGCGAAUUGGGAUUUAUCCUGAUGAAAUUCAGAAGAGGAAGCACAAGGCCAGAGCAUUCCUCCCAGAGAAAGCAGCCUCUAUACUUCGUGUAGAACCAAGACUCAUAGCUCCAGUGAUUAGAACAAUCUUUCAUUCAGAUCCACUUGAACGCAAAGUCUGUCGCGCUAUGAGAUAUUUCCCUCCUGAACAACGAACAAUGGUUAAUGUUAAGAUGACCAAGUGUUUGUACGCGAUGGCAACGCACUGUCGUUAUACCGGCGAUCCAAGAACAGGUUGGAAUAUACCACCUGCAACUUGCUCAAAAUACAAUGCUCAUGUUCUCGGAGUUAAAAUAGCAUGCGGUUUAGAGAUGCUAGUAGCUCGGGCCAAUGAGGAACGUAGAAAACGUAUCAGAGAACGAUCGGAUGUUCCCGAUGACGCUGAAAAAUUAAAGCUGAACGAACCAGCUUUCAACGCUUAUUUAGCUCGUUUAGAAGCAAACGGUUACUUUAGAGAUCUGUUGGAAGGUAGUCAAGAACGUGAUAAGUUGCUGUCUACAGCGAGAGAGUAUUUCUUGAAGCAUGCAACUUUGUUUGAUAAUGUAACGAAUUUGUACGAAAGCGAUGCUCAAAAAGUUUUAGAAGCAUGGGAGAAUAUACAGACAAAUGACAUUGAAAUGCAUGCUCAAGAUGAGACUAUGUUAAGUCCGGCCGAUAGCGAUAGCUGGUUAAAUGUGGACCCAGAACAGUUGGAUACAUAUUUAAAUCAACAAUGGGGCAACGUCAAGGAUAAAAAGUUAGAUCAAGAAUCUAUGAAUCUCCGAGAAAAAGUGCAAUCGUUUCUCAAUCAAACUAGCGACGUUGAUGGCGUUCAUUUUUUAGGGGAACAAUCAAUAGAUAAUGACAUGCAAGAUGCAGAGGAUGGUGCACGAAUAGAUUUUGACGCAGACGUGUUCGAUAAUACAUUGAGAGGCAUUCUCGAUCUAGUCGUUCCGGGAGGAGAAGGCGAGUUUGAGGGUAGCUCAGAAGGAUCGCUGGGUGGCGAUGACGAGGAUAAAGGUGGCGAUAUGGACAAAUAUAUGCGACUGUUAGAUUCACAACUGCAAUCGCAAAUGAUACAAGAUGAGAAUUCUGUUGAUAAUAAUAGUAUAGAUCCCAUAGAGACAAAUUUGCGAGAAAGUAUCGAAGCCGAGGCCGGCGGCUCCGGCCCGACUGGCAACAUAAUCGGCGGUCCUGUUCGGAGGCUCAUGCACUUGCAGUUGCAAUCACCUACGACGGUACCGCCUGAUUUACAAAGUUAAUGGCACUUCGUAUAUUAGACAAUUAACAUAGAUUCACAUGUUACACUAUUUGUAAACAUUAUUACAAUCUUCGCUUCAUUCUGCAAAAUACAUAAGCAUUUGUCAUUUCAAAGAAAA